UUAAAUAUUAAUUAUCUGAAGCUGAGGUAAUGUUUGUUAGAUGUGAUGAGUAAAGGUAAAGCUACACGCUCCUCUACCGCCACCUCCUCCACCCCUGCCCCAGCUCCCACUAUUUCUAAUGACAUCCUUACUGGACGCUUCACUGAGCACGAGUGGAACACCCUGACGGAUGUGGAGGAUGGAGAGGAACUAGUAUUUGACCUGAUGGAGACGGUUGUUAACGGCGUGCUGAAUGUUAUUCAUGAGAAACACAUGGAAACAAACCUCAUUCCUUUCUCUCUAGACUGGGCUGAAAAUAUCAUGGAGAAGCUAAUUGACUGGCAGUUCCUUACACACGACUCCGGGGAGAGUAAGAGUGAAGCUAAUAACUGGCUACCGGACCAAGAAGCAGCACGUGUACCACUAGACUCGUGGGGUCGAGGUUGUGUUCCGAGUAGAAUAAUCGAGGAGAUAAUUGAAGAGCAAGACAACACCUCAACGGUAGAACUGGUUAAACAGAUGGACACUGACUCUCUGCAGCAUGACAGGAGUAGUGGAGAGGAAACUUCAGACCGUGAGGACCUAGAGAGUAUCAAGAGGAACCCCGACCUUCACAAGCUCAACCAACUACGUGAACAGUUGAAGUACUACAAGAUAAGUCUAGAUGACAUCGCAACCCUGGAAAAGAUAGACAAGCCCUCAGAUACACUUCAUCUUCUUUAUCAAGUACUGGGAGUUAUCCAGGACCAGCCUGAUAAAGACUAUGAGUACAGUGUGGCGGUAGCUAAUCUAGAAAAAACCAAGAAGUUCAUCGAGACGUUCGGACCACGCCCCUUAUCAGAAUCUACUAUGGCUCUACUUAAACCGUACAUGGAUAACAUAAUCCUACACCCUGAUCACGUGACUCAGUUAGCGAGUCCAGCAACUCGUGGUUUAUCUACUUGGUUGCACACUGCCUACACUUAUCAGACUCUUUGUAACGUUCUCAACGUGGAAACUAGUAUUGACUUCAGGAUUCUUAAGAGCAGUAUAAUAGAACUAAAGAGUCUUUCUAAGCCACCUGUUUAUGUGAAAGAUGUCAUGUGUGCAGUUAUUACACUUCUUCAUGGCAAGUUCAUAAAGGACUACACACAAGCACAGAAGGGGUUCGCAGACCAAUCCAAAUUGCUGGACCAUUUGGACUCAUUCGACUGUACGAAACUUAGUCAGAAGUUUAUUGCAAAGUUUAAGAAAGAGUUCAUGACUCAUACCACCGCUGAAUUGAAGUGUGUCAACGUGGGGUGUAGUUUUCUCUACCAGUGGUGUGAAGAUCAGAUAUACGGCAGUGGGUCAAUAAUUGUUCGACCUCCCGAGAAACCAAAACAGAGGAAAGUCAGAAGAAGGAUUAAAGUGAUCGAACAUGAACCGGAAGAAGAAGAGAUGAGUCAGAUUUCCGAAUUAGGCUCUGGCUCAAUGAAUAACAUGAUGCCCCACCAAUCAGCGGCUAUCGUUAAAGCACAGCAAGGGAGACCCCCUGGCAAGAAAGAAGUGCAGUAUGACGAUAAGGGAAAUGUUGUCUCUGUUCUGAAGAUUAAGAAAUUACCGACAAACAGGGUAAAAACUACUUACGAGAUACUCGACUCGUCAACGUUGACCAGUAAGAAGAACAAAUUAAAGCCUUUGAAAGGUGCACCAUCGAUUAAACGAGGUGGGAGUACGAGUUUUCUGUACGAAACCCAGGAUCACACUCCCGUACCCCCGAGCUUCGUGGACGCAGUAACAGCUUCUCCCGGGGUAGUUAUCAAGCAGGGCUCUAAAAUUAAGCGUGGCCCAGACAGCGUUGUUCUCAGCCCGAUAGAGCAGAAUAACUUAUCUCGUUUCCAGAAUGUUCUCACCUCCUAAUAUACAUUCUUAGAGACCACACACUUACUAUUUAAGUCGCCAAGUAAAGUCGGAAAAGUACUGUUUAAUGAAUCAACCGAGAUUACUGAAAGACGCAAAACCUUUUUCUCUUCUUCUAUGACACAACUAUACUUGUGGUCGAUUUUAAUAUGAAAAUCAUUUCACUUACAGAGUUAGUUGAAAAAUGAAAAGUCGAAUAUUUUAAGCAGUCAGAGCUGUGUAGACCUCUUACAGAGUGUUCGGGCUUAAAUUUUUAUUUGUGUCUAGUUUAAUUUAUAUUGUACAAAGUUGUUGCAAUAGUGUUAGGUAAGUUCGUUUUAUCAAAUUUUAUAUCA